AUGGGCAAGUCCAACCUCACCUUUUUCAACAUGCUUGGUCUCGAAGUGCGAGAAGAAGAAGCACAGCGACUGGCAAAGCAACGACAGCGUUGGCAUAGAAGUCGACAGCGAAGGAACUUGCGCGAUUUCGUGUGCAAAGACAACGGUGCCGGAGAGCCACUACUCACAUCGGGGUCUUUGGCGUCAAACUCCAGCGGCAGCUCCUACCGAGACGAAAAGACCGGCAUCGACGACUACGGAGCGCGGAAAUAUAAAUCAGAUAAAGGCCCUCGGCGGCAGUCCGUCUCGGACAGGGCAGUCCAUUGCAGCACGGCAGUAAACGAUACGAUGAGCUACUCGUCGUGUCACUGCUGCGGCGUGCACAUUCACCUGCCUCAAAACUUUCACCCUUAUGUAUUUGCUGCCCAUUUGAAGAGCGCAGUUCCAGCGGUAGAUGACUUUAUGCGCAGCCUCAGGUCACUGCGGAACGAGUUGGACUUAUGCGAUGGGUUGGGCAAGAGCCAUGCUGCCGGCGCCGUUGCUGGCGACCAGGGUCGCCAUCGCGGCGCUAACUCGGAGCGCCAUGGCAUUCGCAUAUGCUCGAAAGACGUGGCCGAUGGCCAUGCCGGUCACGAACAGUCCGAUACAAAUGCCGAUGGCAGUACGCGAGAAAAAGAGGCGGUCGAGGACACGCUCGCUCGACUUGAUCUAUAA